AUUGUUCUUACAAGUGGUGAGGACGGGGCUGUAUCAGCAGGCACAGGAGCACGGGAUGUCGGAGAAACAGGAUGACUUGGAAUCACUCAUGUCUCACCUCGGUGAGUUUGGGAAGUACCAGUUGUACCAGUACCUGCUGUUGAUAAUGACAGGUCUCACCGCCGGGAUGCAUACCUUGUCCAUUGUCCCUAUCAAUGGAUUACCCAAUCAUAGGUGCCUGGUGCCAUGGCACGAAAACGACACAGACGUAGCCUGGAACUCCCCGACCGCACUUGCUGCUAUCCCAUUGAACCCCGACGGCACAUACAGCUCCUGCCUCCUCAUCAACCCAACCACCAACCUUACUGAGGCUUGUGACGAAUGGGUCUAUGACAGGACACAUUUUAAGCACACUCGAAGUGUAGAGUGGGACCUGGUCUGUGAUAAGAAGUGGUUGGGAGCCCUGUCUAAAUCUGUCUUCAUGUUAGGAGUCUUUAGUGGUUCAUUCUCGUUGGGUUACCUUGCAGACAAAUAUGGCCGUAAGAAGGUGCAGUGCUGGACACAAACCAUACAGCUCAUUGUAAGUUUUGGCAUUGCAUUCAUCAACGACUACAAUAUGUACCUCGUUGCUUCCUAUAUCUAUGGCAUAGUUGGCUCAACAUCUGCAUACAUACCAGCCUUCGUACUUGCAAUGGAGUUGGUGGGACCUUCAAAGAGAACUGCAUCUGGCCUGAUCUUCCAAGCCUUUUUUGCAGUUGGUAUUAUGUUGGUUGCAGCAUGGGCAUACUUCAUCCCGAACUAUGUCACACUUCAGGCUGUCAUUGGGUUACAUGUAGUUCCCACCAUGGCUCUUUGGUGGUUGGCGGACGAGUCCCCGCGGUGGCUUUGGUCUAAAGGAAGAAUAGCGGAGAGUGUUAACAUAGUGGCUAAAGGAGUCAAAUUCAACGGAGGUGAAAAAAUAGACAGAGCUUACUAUGUAUCGAAGGGUCAAGCAAACAAAGCCACGGAUGAAACAGCACCAUCGGGAGGUUUUCUUGACUUAUUUAGGACUCCAAGGCUUAGAAUGAGGAUGAUUAACCUAUCGUACAUUUGGUUUGCUGCCAGUGUUGCCUAUUAUGGUCUAUCCCUCGCCGGUGACAAUAUGCCUGGAAAUCCAUUUUUCAUUCUCUUCGUCUUGGGGCUGGUGGAAAUUCCUUGUUAUACAAUGGUAAUCAUGUUGCUUGAUAGGACUGGCAGAAGAUCACUCACCAGCAUAAUGUUGCUACUCGGAGGUGUGUCAUGUACGGUGGUUGCUCUCAUCCCACAAGACAUGCCCAAUGCCAUUGCUGCUGUUGCCUGCAUCGGAAAGUUUUUCGUUUCCGGAGGCUUCGCUAUAGUUUUCAACUACAACGCAGAACUUCUCCCGACAGCGGUUCGAAAUGUUGGCAUUGGUUUUUCUUCUGCGUGGGCAAGACUUGCGGCUAUGCUCUGCCCGCUAAUAUUGCUAUUACAUUCUGUUGACAAGAGCUUGCCUACGAUAAUUUUUGCUCUGGCGGCAUUCACUGCUGGUUUCUUCAUUCUGUUCCUUCCUGAAACCCUCAACAAGCCAAUGCCGGAAUCUAUAGAAGAUGGAGAAAACUUUGGUAUUGGAGAUACAGGAUUUAACGCUUGUUGCUCUAGGAAGAAAGCAACAGAUGAUUACAAACCAGCCAACCCGAUAUAAACAAAUUUAAUCACUAUAGACAAGUGCCUAAACUCAGCGCUCACUGAUGGAUGUCGUCGGAUCCAUCUCUAAACUGAACGAAACAGUAUCAUCGGUGAGUUCAGCGCUGAAUUUAGAAACUUUCCCUAUUUGAGAAUAUGGAAAGAUUUAUGGUCCUGCGAAUGUACCAUAUUGAUGAAAUCCUGUAUAUGUGCAUAAACUUUUUAUAUACAAAAAACUUUCAAAACAAAAAAUGCAGUGUCUUAUUUAUUCUGUAAAUGAAUUUGGGAAUUGUUUAAUUCCUUUUUAAACCGUUGAUAUUUAUCAUGUGCGAUAACGUUUUAAAAGUGCAUUUAUUGUAAUAAGGUAUGAAAGUAUAUUUUAGAAUUUAGUUGCCAAUGCAUCUAUGAUAAUCAUGUUGAGUAACAUAUUACCGAACUUUAAUCGAAUUUUACACUCAUUAUAAUAAUUUAGUAGUAAUUAAGGUUAAACAAAUACUAGUCUGAAAAAUUGCUCAUUAAAACAAUAACUUAGUGAGUAAUGAAUAUAUUAAAUAAUUGUUAUAAUUAAUUAUCCAUAAACAGUUUUGAAAAUAAAUUGUUUGGAUUGCAUAUAAGUAAUUAUUUUUAAGAUAGAUUUUAUUUCUAAAUAUUAUGCAUAUACAUUUUAGUAAAACAUUGUAAAAAGUUACAAUAAUUGUAAAAAUUAAACACAGUUUUUUUUAAAAGUUGUUUUCAGAGCUCUAUUUCUAUGAUUUUUUAAAAAAAAAUUAUUUAUCUUUUUAACUUUCACUUAUCAAUAUAUGAAAUAUAUAGUAAGGAAGAGUAUUGCGAUAGUGAAAAUUUUCAAAUCUGAGUUUUCAACGGAAAUAAACGUUUUGAGGUUCCCUGAGGCCAAAUAACGAAGUCCCACAAAUUAGUCAGUAUAAUACAAAAAGUAACUAAAAUCCACGGAAUCAAGGCAAUGACAUUGUUUGAGAUACUAUUCCAUUGUACUUGUGUAAAAAAGAAGUCAAAUAUAA